CAAAUCACCUUUGACUCGCAGACCCCUCCCAAAACCAUCGCCUCCAACCCAUGCCGCAAUCGCCAUGAGCACCAGCAACCCCGCCGCCGCCUCAACCAAGCGCCCCUGUGACCCCUCCCACGCCGACCCCACGCCGCCGGCCAAGCUCCAGCGAUCCUCCGACCCACCGGACCCCGCGCCGGCCGGGAACCCAGACGGUGCCACCGACGGCGGCGAGAAGACGGGAGUGGAUAGCGAGGCGAUGGCCGGUGCACGGAACCCUCGGGCGCAGCGGUACCUGGUUGCGGUGGAGUACGUCGGCACCCGCUUCUCCGGCUCCCAGCAGCAGCCCAACCAGCGGACCGUAGUCGGCGUUCUCGAGGAGGCAUUUCAAAAAUUCAUUGGGCAGCCAGUUUCGAUAUUCUGUUCUAGCCGAACGGAUGCAGGUGUUCACGCUUUAUCAAAUGUUUGCCAUGUUGAUGUGGAGCGGAUAAGUAAAAGGAAGCCUGGUGAAGUGUUAACACCUCAUGAGCCUGGAGUUGUAAAACGUGCUGUGAACCACUUUCUACAGAGGAAUGAAGGUGACAUAAUGGUGACUGAUGUUUGCUGUGUUGCACAAGAUUUUCAUGCUAGAUACAAAGCUCUAGAGCGCACAUAUCACUAUCGUUUGCUUUCUGGUCCUGCGUCAACAUCAGUAUUCGAGAAAAGCUCUGCUUGGCACAUAUCUGAGGAUUUGGAUAUUCAGGCAAUGAAGAAAGCAUGCAGCAUACUUGUUGGGCAUCAUGAUUUCAGUUCGUUUCGUGCAGCUGGAUGUCAGGCAAACUCACCAAUGAGAACUCUGGAUGAACUUACUGUUACAGAAGUAUUCCCUUUCAUGUUUUUUCCUUCAAGCAUAGAACGAUCAGAGAUGGAAUUGUCAGAUGGGUCUCUUGUUUAUUCGAGGACACUAGCCUUGGAAUCAUCUGAGAAAGAAUCUGAUGGUUCCUGUUCUAGCAGUGGGAAAUCAGAAACUGAGAACAGAAAAGAAUUUGGAUCAAGAUUAAGGCACCACUGCUUUGUUGUUACUGCAAGGGCACGAUCUUUUCUUUACCAUCAGGUAAGGUUGAUGGUCGGUCUUCUAAAAUCUGUUGGGACGGGCGAUCUAACAACUGCAGAUGUUGAGAGAAUUUUGAAUGCAAAGACGGUGACAGUUGCACCUCCUAUGGCACCUGCUUGUGGUCUGUACCUUGCUAACGUGAAAUACGACCUGAGCGUUUGAAGACAAAUUUUAUCACAUGGCUUCUGUUGCUGUGCCUCCAAGUUUUGUCAGCUGUCGGCUAUCUAAGGGUCAGGCUCUUGAAUCAUCAUGAACCGAAAAGCAACAUACGGAAAAGGACCUGCUUUAUUCUCGUCAGUUUUUGCUAUGUAUGCAGAUGAUCGGGUGUUUACGUUUUGUGGACAUGCUUUAGAAGGCUAAAGUGUUCCAUACAUCUGCGCGUUUUGAGACGCAACACAGCUUAGCCAAUAACAUGCCCCGAUAAUUCCUAUUUUCUGAUGCACUAUUUGUAAAAUUCGAGAUGAUGGUAGAGGUAAUUGCCACAGCUGACCUUUCAGUUCCUUAUUCUGAUGUAUUCCCCAAAUAAUAUAUGGGCGCCCCUUGGUGGCUUGGUCCUAUGUAAUUUGUUGUCAAUACUCAAA